CGAGAGGAUGCGGGACUGUAGUUAGCCAGCUUGUGUCUGUGCACUAGAGUAGGGAAGCGGUGCUGUGCUGACGAGAGUGUGGCAGUGUUGUGCCGCCAAGAUGGAGGGCAGCUGCCCAGUUGGGCCGACGGCGCAUAUUUCGUGCCUGUAUCCUGAGAUUCUUGCCCUCAUCUUUAGUUAUCUCGACGUCAGGGACAAAGGACAUGCUGCUCAGGUUUGUACCGCCUGGCGUGACGCGGCUUAUCACAAAUCUGUGUGGAGGGGUGUGGAAGCUAAACUCCACUUGAGGAGAGCCAAUCCGUCUUUGUUUCCAAGUCUAGUGAAGAGGGGAAUACGACGUGUCCAAGUUCUCAGUCUCCGUCGCAGUUUGCGUGAUGUGGUGCUGGGUGUGCCAAAUAUCGAAAGUCUCAACCUCAUCGGAUGCUACAAUCUGACCGACACGUGGCUUAGUCACGCCUUUGUCCACGAAGUGCCGACACUCAGUGUGCUCAACCUCAGUAUGUGCAAGCAGGUGACCGAUUCCAGUCUGGGUAGAAUAGCGCAAUAUCUCAAGAAUUUAGAAGUGUUAGAUUUGGGUGGUUGUUCGAAUGUCACUAACACGGGACUGCUUCUUAUCGCCUGGGGACUGAAAAGGUUAAGGAGUCUCAAUCUCAGAAGUUGUCGACACGUGUCCGACACGGGAAUAGGUCAUUUGGCAGGUCUGACGACAGAAGCUGCCGACGGCACUUUGGCGUUAGAACAUUUGGGACUUCAGGACUGUCAGAAGUUGACAGACGAUGCCUUGAGACAUUUGAGUCUGGGACUACAUCACCUCAAGAGUAUCAAUCUAAGUUUUUGUGCCAGUGUUACAGAUUCGGGCCUGAAACAUCUAGCACGGAUGCCAUCUCUCAGAGAGUUAAACCUUCGAAGCUGUGAUAAUAUAUCUGAUGUCGGAAUGGCGUACUUGACUGAGGGAGGGUCAAGAGUCACGACGCUCGACGUCAGUUUCUGUGACAAGGUAGGCGACCAAGGACUUUUACAUAUUUCCCAGGGACUUUUCAAUUUGCGUAGUCUUAGUCUCAAUGCAUGUCCCAUUAGUGAUGAAGGGUUGAAUCGCAUCGCCAGGACUCUCAGUGACCUGCAUACGCUCAACAUCGGCCAGUGCAGUAGGAUCACAGACAAAGGACUGAGUCUUAUAGCAGAUUACUUGCAUCAGCUCAGGUGCAUAGAUUUAUACGGUUGUACGAAAAUAACGACAGUCGGUCUGGAAAAAGUGAUGCAACUUCCACAUUUAAGCGUCUUAAACUUGGGUCUGUGGCAAAAACAGCGGUGAAAUGUGUUUUUACGUGUUAAAAGAUGUGUAAAUAGUAAUGUAUAUGUAGACAACUGUCCAAUACUUGUUCAGGUUCGCCGAGGAACGGAUAGCAGAUGGCAGCUUCAGUGUGUGAUUGCAAUGAGUGAUCGUGAAGUGUGAUUGAUCGAAUGAAGAAAGUGCUACAACCAACCUUCCCAGCAGGAGACAAAGCAAUGGUGUGUAAAAUCUCCCUUCCAAUUCCGUGGACUUUGUAUAUAUCUAUUUUCGUUCUGUUGUCUGUUACUUUGCAAAAAUAGGGACGGAGUUCGUGGGUGUAUAUAUAAAAAAGGACCGAAAACUCCCCUUCCCCAUUCCCAACAAUUUAUCUGUCAGGAACUGCCAAUGGCAAGACCUGUGAGGUGGUGCUCAGAAUGCUUUCUUUGACCUUGGGACCUGAUACGUCCCCAGGCCUUAUUCACACAAAGUACUAUUAUAAAAGUAAUUUUUGUUAACUA